CAGAACCCACUGAUCAAAGAAUUGGCUCUUUUAAAGACAAGCGAAAAAACGAARCACGCGAAGGAAAAAGAGGACAUUGACUGUUCUGGAGCAAAAAGCCAGRAAGUAAAAUGUCGGAGACGCGAAGCAUGUCGGACGACGAACUGGAGAUGUUGCAAGUUCAGGCACGAAAAUUGACCGCCCUGGACCUGAAGAAGCAAGCACUAGCUGCUAAACAAAGCAACCACGUCGGAGAUGCUCUGGAGCUUCUGAAGCAAGCGAAGAAAAUCGAACAGGAAGGGGACGACGAGGAGGAGGAAGACGAGCAGCCCUUCUCCAGCACGCUGCCAAUAUUUUGGAAAAAGGUUGCUAUUUUGUGCAAACAAGCGGGAGACAUAGAUCGUGCGAAACAAGCGUUGAUGCACUCGAAAGCAUUGGAAUCGGGGCUAGAAGCAGAAGAAGAAAUCCAAGCAGAGGAAAACGGAACGGAAAUGCCAGAACCACAAUCUGAGCCAACGAGUGAGCCCGAGCCGACCGAACAUGUUGCUAGCGGGAAAAGUGACGCUCCACCUCCUACCUAUGAAAAUGUUGGAAGUUUUACACCGCCAUCGCCACCAUCGUAUGAUAACGUUCAAAGCAAAGAAGACGAGGAAGAGGCAGUGGACGAGGAAGAGGAAGCUAUGCUUGCCGAAUUAGUAGGUGGAGGAGAAAAGAGCGAGAAAACGAURGAAACUGUAGAAGCUCCAGCAACUCAAAGCUCGGCAAAUAGCAACGAUGACGAUUCUGAUUCCCAUGSUUCGGGAGGAAAUGAAAUGACCUUCACGGACAACGAAUUGAUGGACGAGGAAAUGAUGACAGARUUUCGUUUGGGUGGAGUCAAGGGAAUACCAACCCAAGAAGAAUACGCUGCGAAGGUCCUUGCCUAUAAGAAGCUCGCCUUGAAGAGCAAGCAGGAAGGCGACAUUCCAAAAGCGACCCAAAAUCUACGCGCGGCAAAACAAUUGGAAAAGGUUGCCACCGCACUCAAAAACAUGGAAGACGGAUUGGGAUUGAGAAUCCACGAGGAUUCUCAUGGCUGGAUGGAAACAUUGAAUCCGGAAGAAAGCGAUUUGUUGGGUGAACUGUUUGCGKCAUCACCAGCGAACAAUGAAGCAGGUGGUAACGAAGAAGAUGGCAAGCCAACGGAUCGAUUGACACUGGACGACUUGGAAGACAUGGACGACGAUAACGAUGUGAUUGAGCUGGUCGAGAUGAUGGGACCGGAUGCCUUGCCCACGGUAGAAGAAGUUACGGAGAAAAUCAAUGAACACAAGCAACAAGCCCUGCAGUACAAACAGGAGGGGAAUAUUGAGUUGGCAAAAUCGAGUUUGUUGCAAUCCAAAAARGCAAAAUUACAUGCAAUGAGACUGGCAGAAAUUUAUCGAAAACUCGAACAACGUAAAUCGAACGGAGCAGACCAUGACGGCRAUGGGGRAAAUGAACAAUCCAUCAGCAUGGAGGCAUUGGAGUCAUUGGUAGAUGGCAACAAGAAGCCCGAUGAGCCGGCUCCAAAACAGUCACCUCCAGAACCGUCAAAGGACCCGUGGCUACUGAAGCCAUCCAGUGAAAUCAAAGCGGAAGUGAUUCGGUUGAAAAACGAGAAACAAGUAAAAGAAGCGACGCGUCUGUUGCAACUUUUUAAGCAAAAACUAGCGGAGGAACAAAGGCAAGUCGAGCUUGUAAAGUGCUCUAAACUUACCGACACAAUCCAGAAGCGCAUAGAUGUAUCCGAAACUCAACGCAGAUUGUGGCAGUAUUACCAGUGGUUUGGAACUGAACCC